AAGUCUAAUCGGUAAACCAAAAGUCCAAAGAACAACUGGUUUCGGUUGUAUUUCAUUCUCACGCCAUUGUUGACUGGUGAUUUAGAUUACGGGCAUAACAGCCGGUUAUCACGUAUCACGUAGAAGUAUUCCCCUCUUCCUUCACUUCGUUAUCUCGGACCCUAACCGAUUAGUAAUUGAGUUCAUUCUCUCUUCUGAGCGCUUGUUUCACUCAGGUGCUUUAGCGUACUUUUAAUCCGAACCUGUUGGUUAUGUGACAUUAUAACCUAACUGGUAUAGUUUUUAUACAUAAACGCAAGAUUCAUUUUAAUUAUGGAAUCUGCAGAGGAAAUAAAGUCGUCACUCAGUGUUCGGACAGUAGCAGAUGUUGAAGUAGGUGCUGUAGCAACUCCAUCGAGUCCACCGGCCACAGAGCUAGAUCGAAUGAACUUUCAGAAACUUUUACUUCAAAUGAAUGGUGUAUCUUUGACUUCGAAGGGAGAAGCAUCUGGAAAUAACUCACGCUCGAUUCCUAAGCAAUCAGAUAAGGCUCCAGACAGAGAGACAGAAAGUGGAUCGACUGUUUCCAGUGAUCAUGACAAACAGAAAAAGAAGAAAAAGAGCAGGGGGAAAAAGUCUAACAAACCUUCUCCUACCGACAGUCCACUAAAACUAACAACUGAUAAAGGUGAAAAUGUUCCCUUAAAUAAGAAAGAGCAGCAUACAACAGUUGCCCAGAAUAUCACUCAAACUGUGAAGGCAUCAGCAGGAAGCACAUCAUCAAAGGUCCUGUCAGAUCAACCAAAUGUGGCCAAGAGCUCACAAAAUCUCAAGAUUUCACAUCACGGUCAUAAUCAAAUUGACUCGUCUAAGGUUGUUUCUCAAGUUGCACAAGGACAGCCGAAGCAACAAGAACCAACUCGACAAAAUUUUUCUAAAGAGAUUCCUCCUAAAGGUUCCAAAGAUCCAGCAUGUCUGCUUCAAGAUACUGAAAAAGAAUCAGAAUCAUUGGAAAUUUUCAAAAAACAGCCUUUCAUGCUCCUGCGAGCUGCUAUAAACUUAAUUAAGCCGAAGAAAAAAAUAUCUGCUGUGAAGGAUUUGAAUCUUUUCUUUUGCAUACCCUGUGAUAGAGAGUUCUCAGACAUGGACAAACAUUUUGAGAAAGCAAAAGAGGGUCAUGUAAUUCGGUGGAAGUGUGAAAUGCGACACCGCACAAUUGAUCUUCUGCCAGAUUUGUCUCUUAGACAUAUUAGUCUACUUGAUGAUUUGGUAAUGACAACUGUAGAAAAAUACAAGACACCUCAGGAAAACCUGAAAAUCGCUCACUCUAUUUGGCAAACUUUAGAUACCUUGGCCAAAACAAAAUUUAAAGAAUGUUCAGUUCGGUGGUUUGGCUCUCAUGUGAAUGGAAUAGCCCUUUCUGACAACAAGCUAUUGAAUAUGGAUCUUCUUGUAACUAACAAAGAAGAAGCAGCUAGUACUUUCUUGAACUUUAUUGCUGCUGUAGAACAAAUUUUCAGCAAAGUUGAUAGAGUUGUUGCAACUAAUUUUGCUCAUGCCAAUAUAUAUCAUGAGGGAAUGAUUGUUCAACUCAGUCUGAAUAAUAAUGGAGCUUUCAAUACAGCAAAACUUAUUCGUGAUUAUAUCAGUAUUGACAAAAGAGUGCAACCUCUUUGCAUCUUUUUCCGCUAUUGGGGCCAGAUUUGUGGUGUUGAUCAAGGAGAAAAUGGCUCAUGGCAAGGGCAUGCAUUUCCAAUUAUGGUAAUUCAUUUUCUGCAACAGAGGCAAGUUUUGCCUGUGCUUCAUGACAUGCUUGAUAAUCCAGAUGGAGCUCCAGAAGUUUAUCUAGAUCCUAAGGAGCUGCAAGGUCGCUGGUUUGGAAGGAAUAAAGAUAGUGUGGGAAACCUUCUUUUCAAGAUGUUUCGGUACUAUGCAAUUGAACAUGAUGUUGAGAAACAUGUUGUUUCAAUUACUCAGUUUCAACCUUAUUUGAGGCAAGCCACCAAGUGGAAUGCAAAACGUAUUGCUGUAAUAGGUAACAUUUCUGAAUAA